CUUUACCUGUUUGCGCCGGAGGCGUGGCUAGAACUUCAGUGUGAUUUACCGAUGAUAAUGUCACAGAACGGGUGGAUGAGUUUUGAUAAGACGGCAGCCAACCAGAUUUCAGGGAUAAUGAAAUUGACUUUAGUGUCGUCGCAAAUGGAUGAAAUAUAUAAACUGACAUUGAAUAGAUAGCUGACAAGUUUCAAAUUUGUUGUUGUAUCAACAAGAGGAUAAAUCGAACUUCUACAAUAGUUUUUUAACUGACUUUUUCACUGAGUGAACCGAACUGGAUUAUAAGAAAGGAAAUAAUUGCAAAAAUCAUGAAACCCAUUUCUCCAAAUUGCUUCACAUCGGCUCAAAGCUCCCGGUGCUGUAAUACCGGACACCCAGUUUUAGCCGAUCCGUUGACGGGGAGAACAAUAUGCUCGUGCCAGCUGCAGUCAGGAGUUCCAGCUUACCUUGCACGCGUCCCAAGUCUACCAGAAACCGUUUAUAGCCCAGAAUUUCGAAAAGUUUCAACCGGAAGCGUUGCCGGCGAACGGAGCGGAUCGGCGUUCUACCCAACAUUUCAAGGAGAAAAACAGUUACCAAGGUUAAACAUGACGUUACCUUCUGUACACCCUUAUUACGUUGACCAAGCCAUGACGUCACACCCUUACGGACCUUUGUAUCCCAGUUUUGAUAUUAAUGGAACUCGAAGAAAAAGCACCAACAGGGAAUCAACUGGACCCUUAAAAGCUUGGCUAUAUCAACACAGGAAAAACCCAUACCCAACGAAAGGUGAAAAAGUCAUGCUGGCAAUUAUCUCUCAGAUGACCUUGACACAAGUGUCCACGUGGUUUGCGAAUGCCAGAAGGAGGCUGAAGAAGGAAUCCAAGAUGGAAGAUAAAGACAUGGACCUGUCAGACAUUGAUGCUGAUGAUACAAGUCUCCGACACGACAGUUCUUCCAGCCUUCUCACAGAUUCAGAUUCUGAAGGUGCCACAAAUCUCUUGAACAUUUCCAAAUCUCAUUCGGAACUUUCUGAUAUCUCGGACACCGAAGAACAGACACCACAUGUCCAAAGUUCCACGAAAGCGUGUGUGCAUAGAUUAUUCUCUCCCGAUGGAAGAGCAGAACUAGUUUUAGACAGAAAUUCUUCCCCUGGUGCAACAAGCCCUAUUAUAUUCAAUCAAAAAGAGAAAGUAGUUCCAAAUGAUAACUCUGAAGAUGAUAUUAAAGUCAAACAGACACACAGUUUAGAAAACAAAACUGUUAACGAGUCAAAUGUUUCUCAAAAAUCAGUUCAUUCCUCUGACAGAACUCAAAAUAAACCGAAAAUAUGGUCAAUCGCUCAAAUGUUAGAAUGACUUUCUAGCUUCCUUUAUUUACUAAAUAAAGUUAUUUUUGAUGUGUUAUGUGUAAUGUACAUGAACAAAAAACGUGAAAAUCUACCUCAGUGCUGUUCAUUGUGAUGAAACCAGUUUCUAUUUAUUUGUAUAUAGGCCUUACAUGUCUUCCAAAAUGAACAUUGUUCUCGUUAACGUUUGCCUUACUUUGUGAAUAUUGUUGAAGUUAUAUUGUUGAUUACAUAUGCAUAAACAAACAUAAUAAAUAACAAAAGCAGUA